AUGGGCCCCUGUACCACCUCCUCAUGCUACUGCCAGGCCCGUAAUCUGCCAUGGGCCCCCGUACCGACUCCUCAUGCUGCUGCCAGGCCCCGUAAUCUGUCAUGGGCCCCUGUACCGCCUCCUCAUGCUGCUGCCAGGUCCAGAGUGUGUCAUGGGUCCCUGUACGGCCUCCCAUUGCUGCUGUCUCCAUCGCCACACUCUGCCAUGUGCCACUUUCAGGUCUCCUCACACUGCUGGUGGGUUCCAUUUUUGUCAUAGGGUGCUGUAUGGCCUCCCAUUGCUGCUGCCUCCACCGCCACACUGUGGCUCCACACUCUGGUUUUGGCCCCGUGACUGCCCAAAUGAGUGAAGUGUGCGGUGAUUCUAAGAUCGACGGCACUCAUCUGCAUGUCAUACUGACUGACAGUAUUAUUUUCUCUUCCCCAGCAGACUCCAAGGGCAUUUAAAUUAAAGGUACAGUGUUCUGCACUAAUAUAA